AUGGAGAACAAUAAGAUUACUAUGUUCCGGUCACUCGAUGCUCACCUAACUAACUACACCAUCAAGGCGAAGAUCAUAUCAUUGUGGCAUAAAAAAAUGAAUGGUGAUGAAAAGCAAGUAUAUCGAGUUGAUAUGGUUUUGAUGGAUGAGGAGGGUUCGUUUAUGCAAUGUAGUUGUUUGAACAAGCUUUUCAAACGCUUCCUCAAGCAUUUGGUUGUUGAUGACUGUUUAUUGAUUUACAAACCAUCUCUUGCGAAAGAUACUACAAAGAUAAAGGUUACGGGAAAGGAUCAGAAGCUAUCUUUGUAUUCAUUCAGUUCUCUUCUUAAAAUAGAUAAUUGGUCUGGGCCUCGGUACUAUUUUCGUUUCACUGAUUUUAAAUCUGUGUUGACCAAAAAGGUUCCAGCGAAUACUCCUAUAGAUUUUCUUGGAUAUGUGGUUGUGUCUUAUCCUAUUGAGGAUGUGGAUAAAAAGGAUGGCACUAAAACCAAACGAAUGAACCUAACUCUCAAAGAUCUCCAUGAUACCAAGAUUAGUCUUACAUUAUGGGAAAACUAUGCAAUCGAGAUGUCCGAUUACAUGAAUGGUAAGGACCGAGAAGAUCAUGUGGUUCUUCUUGUGCAUUUUGGCACGGUAAACAUCUAUCAAGAAAAAGUUGGCCUUACCAAUAUGUUUGAAGCAAGUCGUCUUUUCAUGAAUUCUGAUAUUGAUGAGAUAAGAGAGUUCAAAGAAAGGUAUGUUGAGAAGGAGUUUUCUCAGUCUUCUUCAAGUAAACAGUCAUGUUCUCAAGUGAUAUCUAAUGUUGAAGAACAGUUUUUAAAUGCUGGUGACUUUGUGUUCAAUGCUUUCAUUUCUUCCAUUGAAGUGGUACAUUUCCUACAUCAUGUAUUUAAUCGUUAA